AUGCAAACUCAUUUUAUCAUUCCUGAAGUUAAAAGAUAUUGGGAACAAAUGCAAGAUGAAAUAUGGGAUAUCCUGUCUGGUGAGCCAGUUGUCUUGUGUGGUGAUGGUCGAAACGAUUCACCAGGACACAGUGCAAAGUAUUGCAUGUAUGCUUUCAUGGAGCAACAUCUAGAUGUCAUUGUUGAUGUGGAAGUGGUGGACAAACGUCAGACAGGAGGCAUAUCAACUAAUAUGGAAGUCUUUCGGUUAAGAACAAUACUAGAGAGAAUGGUUGGCAACAUGCCUGUAGAAAGUAGGAAGUUAUGGAGCGACGCUACCUCCAAAGUCUAAAGGGCUAACUCCAAACCAAAAUAUACACUUGAGUAACUUGUGUAAUUCAAGACUGAGUUGAAAUAUGAAUUCUGGAGUUACUGGCUAACUCCAAAAAUCAUUUGGAGCUAAGUAUACAACUGCAAAAAUAAUUUAGGAGCUAGGCAUCUAAGCCUGGAGUUACUGGCUAACUCCAAUAAUCAUUUAGAGCUACGUAUAACUCCAAAAAUCAUGAAAAAACAAGGUAUUUAAGCCUUGAGUUACGCCUAACUCCAAAAAGUAUGUGUAUAGCGAGGCGAGUCAGCCUAUAGCCGCUAGAAACAUACAUGUAAGGUUGAAGUUACUUGCUGUGUUGCUAACUCCAAAAAUCAUUUGGAGCUUGUUAUCUAAGCCAGGAGUUACUGACUAACUGGAAUAACUGCAAGAACUCUCAGAAUGCACUUCUAUAUUCUGCUGUAUUAAAUAAGACUGAAAUACCCACAAUAUGCGCAUAAACAUGACAUUGACACACUUGGCAUUUUGUUCUCAUUCAGAGGCUAAAUUUUGAUCUGCAGUUGACUGUUGAGGCAAACCCAUUCUCGUACACCGCGUCCUUGUCAUGCUCUGUUGAUUGUGUGUAAGGCGGGCUCUGGGUACGAGAAUGUGGCAUAGUCUAGCUCCAUUUAAAGAUUGGCUACCUCCACAAAAAUAAAAUCUACAGGUAUGAUCCUUAUGCUUUUUUCAAUAGGAAUGAUGCUUUUGUUAGCAGAACCUACCUGGCUGCUAUUGAUCACAAUGCACAUGUGUUUCGCAAAGCAGCAGUUACUGCUAGUGGUAAACCUAAACACAAUAAAGUUUACAGCAAGAGAUCCAAAAAUUGGAGAGUCAAAGUUGUAAAGGAGCCCAGAACCUAUGAUUUCUGGCCUACCAUUGCUUGUAGAAUUCUGAAGAAGAGAGUUGAUGAUGAGGAAAGUAUACUUCAAAAAGUUGAAAUCCCUAAAGAGCAUCCGAAGAACAUUGCCCAAUCAAUUGCGCUCAAACCCAUACCCAAGACAAGUGAUCUUGUUGAACAGUCAUUGUCAAGGUUUGCUGCUAGCACUCCUGCACAGUCACAUCCAACAGCAGAUGCACAGAAUGCGGGAACAACAUAA